AUGACCAGUCCCGAUCUUAAGCGAAAGGCGGACUCGUCUACCAUUACAAGUAGCAAAAAGCCUAAAGAUGGAAACAUUACAUCCUUCUUUGGAGCGCCUAAGAAGCCGAAGACCCUCGCGACCCAAACAGUUCAGUCGAUUACUCAACCCUCUUCGUUCAAUAAGGAAAAAUGGGUGGCAUCUCUCACUCCAGAGCAAAAGGAGCUGCUACAGUUAGAGAUCGAUACGUUGCACGUCAGCUGGCUUGCUCAUCUCAAGGAGGAAUUGGUGACAUCCGAGUUUUUAAACUUGAAGCGCUUUCUGAAGGCAGAAAAGGAGUCCAAGGCCAAGAUAUUUCCCCCAGAAGAGGAUAUUUAUUCAUGUGUAAAAGUGGUCAUCAUUGGCCAAGACCCAUACCACAAUGAUAACCAAGCCCAUGGGUUGUGUUUCUCUGUACGACCUCCGACUCGAGCCCCGCCAUCCCUGGUCAAUAUCUACAAAGGAAUCAAGAUGAAUUAUCCGGACUUUACACCACCACCCAACAACAGUGGGCUGCUUACUCCAUGGGCUGAACGGGGAGUGUUGAUGCUGAAUACCUGCCUCACAGUUCGUGCUCAUCAGGCUAAUAGUCACUCCAACAAGGGAUGGGAGAAAUUCACUCAAAAGGCAAUUGAUCUUGUUGCCCGAGUACGAACUCGUGGUGUGGUUUUUCUUGCUUGGGGAACGCCUGCUGGAACACGAGUAGCCAAAAUCAACCGAGAGAAGCACUGUUUUGAAAACGGCCACUUCAAGAAAUGCAAUGAUUGGCUCGCUUCACGAUAUGGUGAUGAUGAAAUUAUCGAUUGGAGUCUGGUACCGACUAAGAAGAUUACACCUGCUAUAUCGAACAAGGAGAACUCAUCGACUUUGGCCAAUAUUACGAAAGUACUGUCCGAGGCUGGUCCUGAGACGGAUUCAAACCCCGCAAAGCCACUGCCGUCUACUGAAUUUGAUGAGUUUGAUGAUGCAGAAGCCCUUGAAGCCUUGGUCGCAGCUGACCAGGAUAUCUGA